UGCGCAGUCGCUCGCUUUCCCGUCCUAAUAACAAUCAUUAAAAACGAACAGCAACCCCCGAAGAUUGCUACUUCAUCAGGCCUUUAUUUUCAACAAACCGAGCCAAUCAUGACAGAAUUACGACACCGAGGAGCGACGGAAAAAGAGCUGCAGCAUCAAAACUCGGAGGAUAAGGGCUCUGAGACGGAGGGCAAGGAGAGAGAUGGAGCCUCAGACAAUGAGACUAAGUCAGACUCUGGGGUUUCUGAGGUUCCUGUUCCUGCCGAUGACACACCAGAGGUUCUCAACAAAGCCCUCUCGGGCCUUUCCUCACGAUGGAAGAACUGGUGGGUGAGGGGCAUUCUCACUCUGGCUAUGAUCUCUUUCUUCUUUAUCAUUAUUUAUCUGGGUCCGAUGGUGCUGAUGAUGAUUGUGCUGUGCGUUCAGAUCAAGUGCUUCCAUGAGAUCAUCACAAUUGGUUACAGCGUGUAUCACUCUUACCACCUGCCAUGGUUCAGAACACUAAGCUGGUACUUCCUGUUGUGUGUGAACUACUUCUUCUAUGGUGAAACAGUGACCGAUUAUUUCUUCACACUGGUGCAGAGGGAGGAGCCUCUACGCAUCCUCAGCAAAUACCACCGCUUCAUUUCCUUUGCCCUGUACCUCACAGGGUUCUGCAUGUUUGUUCUGAGCCUGGUGAAAAAACACUAUCGCCUGCAGUUCUACAUGUUCGGCUGGACUCAUGUGACCCUGCUGAUUGUGGUGACUCAGUCUCACUUAAUCAUUCAUAACCUGUUUGAGGGGAUGAUCUGGUUUAUUGUGCCCAUCUCCUGUGUUAUCUGUAAUGACAUCAUGGCUUACAUGUUUGGCUUCUUUUUCGGUCGCACCCCUCUCAUCAAGUUGUCUCCUAAGAAGACAUGGGAGGGGUUUAUUGGUGGCCUCUUCGCCACUAUUGUUUUUGGAAUCCUACUGUCUUAUGUGAUGUCAGGUUACCGCUUCUUUGUGUGUCCUGUGGAGUUUAACAAUGACUCCAACAGUUUCACAGUGGACUGUAAGCCGUCUGAGCUCUUCCAGCUUCAGGACUACGGCCUGCCGCCAGUACUGCAGUCCAUCACGGGCUGGACUACAGUAAAGUUGUACCCAUUCCAGAUCCACAGCAUUGCCCUGUCUGCCUUUGCCUCCAUAAUGGGACCUUUUGGAGGCUUUUUCGCCAGCGGCUUCAAAAGGGCCUUUAAAAUCAAGGACUUUGCAAACACCAUUCCAGGUCAUGGAGGAAUCAUGGACCGUUUUGACUGUCAGUACCUUAUGGCCACAUUUGUAAAUGUUUACAUCGCCAGCUUUAUCAGAGGGCCAAACCCCUCUAAAGUCAUCCAGCAGCUUCUUGCUUUGAGACCAGACCAACAGCUCCACAUCUUUAACUCGCUCAAGGCUCAUCUGACAGAGAAAGGCCUGCUCCCUGCCCUGGAAGAAGCAGCCUAGCUUUUCGGAGCAGCCCAGGGACAUCCCAACGGAGUGGGCUGUGGAGAGAGAGAGUGCAACGGAAGCAGAUCCAGGCAUGUAUGGAAGUGGGAGAUGAGAUGAGGAACAUAAGAAGGGAAACAACGGAAAACUGAACCACAACCUUGGGUCAUUCCAUUUUCAGUGUGUUUGCGAGAGUGAGUGAGUGAGUGUGUGUGUGUGUGUGUGUGUGUGUGUGUGUGUGUGUU